AUGAAGGACUUUCGCCUCACCGUCACGGGCUCGAACUGCCCCCGGCCGGUGGUUUCCUUUGCGCAUCUGAGACUCCCAAAGGAGCUUUUGGAUGGAAUCCGCAAGAACAACUACAGCAAGCCAACGGCCAUCCAGGCGCAAGCUUGUCCAGCCGGACUCAGCGGCCGCGACGUCAUCGGCGUGGCGGAAACGGGAUCUGGCAAGACGGUGGCUUACCUCAUGCCGCUUCUUGUCCACAGCGCGGCGCAGCCGGAGCUGAAGAAGGAUGAGGGCCCGAUCGGCUUGGUGCUCUGCCCUACUCGCGAGCUUGCCGUGCAGAUUGAGAAGGAAGUGUACAAGUUCAACAAACUGCUGGGCUUGAGGAGCACAACGUUCGCCGGAGGUUUGUCCAAGUACCAGCAGUUCAGGACCAUCAAAGGCGGCAGCGAGAUUGUGAUCGCAACGCCUGGACGACUCAUCGACAUCGUCAAGAUGAAAGGCUGCAACUUGCGGCGGACCACCUUCGUCGUCCUCGAUGAAGCCGACCGCAUGCUGCAGAUGGGCUUCGAGGAUCAGAUGCGCUCCAUCCUCCAAAAUGUGCGACCGAAACGGCAGACCCUGCUCUUCUCUGCCACCAUGCCGCCUCGCAUUGAGCGGCUCGCAGCAGACUUCCUGAACCAGCCUGUGCGCAUCACAGUGGGCACUGCUGGACAGGCGGCCGCAAAUGUCAAGCAGCACGUUGAGGUCCUCAGCAGCGACGACCAAAAGUUUGGGUGGCUUCACGCCAGGGUGGACCAGAUGCUUGCGAAGGGACAGACGCUGGUGUUUGUGAAGUCGAAGCAGGCUGCGCAGGAGCUCCAGCAGAAGUUUGCAGACGUGCAGAAGGAAGCUGCUGUACUUCAUGGCGAUCUGGAGCAGGACGAGCGCAUGAGGGUGAUAGAUGGCCUCCGCAAGCAACGACAGAACCUUCUCAUCGCCACGGAUGUCGCUGCUCGCGGUCUGGACAUCACAACCAUUCGCACGGUGGUCUCCUUCGACGUUGCUCGUGACAUCGAAACCCACACGCACCGUGUGGGUCGAACUGGCCGCGCGGGCGCGAGCGGUGAGGCCUUCGCGUUGCUGAGUCAAGACGCAUCGGCCAAGAAAGGCAAGGGCGAAGCCAACCAUCGGAAGAUGGCCGCAUUGCUGGUGGAGCACCUCGAGGACGUAGGGCAAAAGGCGACCCCCGAGCUUCUCGCCAUGGCCAUGGACCACGCUCCCUUCAAGGCCGCCCGUGCAGCAGGGCUCCGCUUCUCUGGCGAGGUCUCGAAGGGCCAAGGGCGUCCUGGGCAGAAGAGCAAUGGCAGCAAUGGCGAUGCUCGGGACCGCUCGCGGUCGCGGCCCCCGAAUGCCGGCGAGUAG